CGCUUCAAAUUUUCUACCAUUGCCAAUCCUUCCCUUCCUAUAUCUUUGCUCUGAUACGCCUCUGGCUUGUUUCAGCUGCUCAUGAAUAGCUGAGUUGGUGCCACAGCAAGUUACAAGUUGCCAUAAACAGCUGUACUCGGAGGAUGUGAAAUAACAGUUGACCUUUUUUUAGUAAACAGUUGUUAUUUGCCACCCCUGCAAACCUACAGCCUUGAUUGUAUUUUAGAUUAGAAAUUAGAAGAUGGCCCAGUACAAAGAGUUGGAUACACUGCGCGCAUUCACUGCUACACUGAACAUGGCCCUGUCCACACUUCCUGUGCCCAAAGUGUUUGCUGAUCUACUGGUUCAGAAUAAGUUAGUGGGAGAAAUGGCAGCAAGGAAUAUUCUCAGCCCAACUGGAAUCGAUGAUUACACUAAAGCCAGUAAACUGAUGUCGGCCGUGUAUUCGCAUGUGCAAACGGUUAUUAGUCAAGAAAAGGCUACCUUGAUAUUCAAUACGUUGGUACUCAUUCUGUACAAUGAUCCGCUAGGUCUCGAAGAUCUGGCACAGCAGCUUGUCAAACAUAGAGGUGAGGGAGAUCCUGCUUACAAGACACCUCUGCCCUUGUCUACUGAAUCAGGUGAGGGAGAUCCUGCUUACGAGACACCUCUGCCCUUGACUGCUGAAUCAGGAGCUACACCUACUACAACUAGUUCAAGUGCCUCAGAGAACGUUACGCAGGUCAGGGAGGCCCGACUCAAGGCCAUAGAGCUAAACCAAAGCCGACAACCGCUCACUGACUAAGCUAGCCCGGAUAUAGCAGAUAUUUUUGUAAAACUUUUACUUAGUAAUACAAUACUUUUCUAAAAAGUUCUUUUAAUGAAAACACCGCAGGUGCUGA